AUUUCUUAAGAAUCUCUCUCUCCGCUUCAAUUCUUUCUCUCUCUUGGAGAGAAUUGAGCGUAACCCUAAGCUUAGAACUCAAAUCAACUAUGGCGGUCCAUUCUUCCAAUCGCGAUACUGAUUCAGAGUUUGAUCAUAGCUCAUCCCAACCGCGUCUUUACAAUCCUUACAAGGAUCUCCAGGUUCCAUAUCGAAACUUCCAGCUUCCAACCUCCCCAGAGUUUCUUUUCGAUGAAGAAGCUCGCCGCCAGCGUCGAUCUUGGGGCGAGAAUCUCACCUUCUACACUGGUUGCGGUUACCUCGCCGGUGCAGUCGGAGGCGCUUCUACAGGACUUGUAUCCGGUGUUAAAUCUUUUGAAUCAGGUGAUACUAUGAAACUCCGGAUCAAUCGGAUCCUGAACUCAUCUGGUCAUUCAGGGCGUCUCUGGGGAAAUCGGCUUGGCGUGAUUGGGCUGCUAUAUGCUGGUUUGGAGAGCGGAAUUGAGGCUGUGAGGGAUACGGACGAUGUCUGGAACUGUGUUGCGGCCGGGCUUGGUACUGGUGCGCUUUAUCGUGCAGCAAGAGGGGUAAGAUCGGCGGCGGUGGCCGGAGCUGUUGGCGGUGUCGUGGUUGGCUUGGCGGUGACGGGUAAGCAGAUGUUGAAGCGGUAUGUGCCGAUAUGAUGUGGGGAAAUGGAAUGUUUUUCUUUGAAAUUUUGAUCGAUAUACUUCGUGUUAGGGAGUCAUAGUCAUAGUUUUAUAUGGGAAACUGUGAUGAGAAUGUUGAGGAUUGAAUUAACUAAUUCACUUGAUAUUUUCUAUACGAGUUUAACUCGUGCUUCUUCAUUGAGUGAUGUAAUUCGUCGAGUUCUCUGAUAAUGAAUAAUCUUCAAGAA